AUUUCAAGUGCUGUUGCGUGUAGAAUUGCAGAGUUGCAUUGAUACGCGUUCUUGAACAUUUAGCUGGGUUCUUCCUUGCAACACGCGAAAUUAUUUUAAAACGCGAUUCAUAGAGACCAAAUAUCUUUAAUAAGUCGGCAAUGUUUGACUUUUAUGGUGAUAUAAGAAUGAUAUCUAAAGAAGGUGAUGAAGGGCAUGAAUUCGAGACGUGACACACAAUUCCUGUAGUAUCAGAUUUCCGUCAUCGCAGAACGUUUCAGUCCAUUUGUUAACUGCGAUACAAGUUGCACACUACAUUGCGUGGUUGAUGUUUGAUAAAGAUCUCUCUUAAGAACGGGAAAGUAUAUAAUAUGUCGGAUACUGAGCUUCAGCGAAGUGAAAGUUUUAUGGCCACAGAAACGGACUCGGGAAUGGCCAGCGAUGCUGCGAUUGUGCGGAGAGACGAAGAGAUUUUUCAAGAAAUGAAAUCUAGAGAGACGGAUUUCACUUUCAAGAUAAUGUGUGUUGGAGACUACACGGGCUUUGGAAAGAAGGGAGGCUUUGUGUCGGAUUAUAUACAUCGUCGGCCGCUAAGCUUUUAUCACAAGCCGACGAUCGGAGUCGAUUUUUACUUAAAUUUUAUUACAUGGAGCGACCAGACAACGAAUCAAGACUUCACUGUGAAACUGCAGUUUUGGGAUGUCGCCGAACAUGAACGCUUUCUCAAGAUGACAAGUGUGUUUUGUAGGAACUGCGUCGGCGCAUUGGUGUUCUGGGGACCAAAGAGCCCAUCUCCUCUUGGCAGUGUUUUAAAGUGGGGCGAAAAGAUCAAAGAAGCGAACCCAAAAGACGCCAAUAUACCUCUGGUUCUUAUUAUAGAAAACAUUCCAACGUCCAAACGGGGUAAACCUGUUGAUUGGAUCGGCCCCGGGAAAUUAAUCGAAAACAAAGUUCUGCUGGAUGAGUUUUGCGCCAGGAAUGGAUUCGUUGGUUGGUUUCAGCUCGUGUCAAGAGAAGAAGAUGGUUAUACCGGCGUGAUGACAAGAGCAGUAGACUGUCUUGUUCAAAAUAUUUUCAAACAACGUAAUCUCCGAAAGCCGUGACGAUUGUUUGAACUUCUGGUGUGGAUACUGAAUGCAUGCCAAAUUUGUAAGUAUUUCCGGUCUCGGUGUUCAAUUACAUCAUUGUUACCCUGAGCGGUUGUGAACAUUCACGAGAUACUAAGUGGCUUUCUUCACAAACACCGUAUUCGGAAGUUCAUUCUGUAAAUUCCUGAAGUCAUAAAACCAAAAAUAGCUUCUAACUUGAAAAUCACGAAAUACGAUUUGUCAUCGAACUCUUUAAACCGUGCGUGAAGUUCAUUCCAUGCUUUUUGAAGGAAAACGAACGAUAAUUUGGAGCAAAUCAAACUCGUGAACGUGGGUUAUUGUAGCAUCGUUUCGUGACAUUUACUAUAUUACGCUCCAUAUCAGUAAUUGUACAGCAAGAGAAAUAGUUUUGAAUUCGGCGACUGAAUUAAGAAACAAGACAAAAAAUAAUGUUGUGGGACCUAUUCAGGGUUUUUAUUAUUUAUUAAAAUAAUUUUGCAAAAUUCUAUUAGACUUUUAAGCCCCAAAGAGAAUCUCUUUAUAAUUUUUUUUUCUCUAUAGGUAAUGUUCAAAAUCAAAUGUUAAGAUAAUGAGAGACUUAACUUCGCUAGAAG